GUAUCAUUCGAAUCAUUCACAAUAGACACUGAUAUUUUUUUUAAUUAUAAUAAACAGCUGUUUUGCUGCACCUAUUGGGAGUUCUUUUGUUUUUAUAAAAGAAACUAGAUAAGAAAAUUAUUGUGGACAUUGGCUGUUGAAUAAAAAUAAAUAAAUAAAAUAAUAUAUAGCAGCAGUUUUAAAUAAUCAGUGAAACAAAAUGGAGCAACUAUCUGGGGUUAUGAUAAUCAUCAUAAUAGGAGGCGGAGUGCUGACUUUUGUGAUGCUAUUCAUCUUCGCCAAACGACAAAUUAUGCGUUUUACACUACGAAGUCGCCGUGGACCACACGUACCCGUGGGUAAUGAUGCAAAGAAGACACUACGAAAGGAGAUUGAGCGUCGUCUAGAUUGCAUACAGAAAAUUGCACAAGAGCCAAGAUUACUUUGGACAGAUGAUAAAUAUAUUUUGCGUACGGAUCAGCCAUUACCGCCAUAUUAUUAUCGCAUGAAAGCUGUUGACGAUGUAAAAAUUUUGGAAUCGGAAAUAAUGCGUAGCGAUGGUAGCAUGCGACAUCCGUACGACAGUUUGCGCGCUUUCCUACUUACUACACUUGCUGCCACCACACUUAAUUGCUCUGGACAGCAACGCAUGAUACAUCAAUUUUGCGAUAUGUAUGAGCACGCCCGACACGAUCCUAAUGAAUUUGGCAGUGAGGAAUAUGAAGCAUAUCAUCGUUUAUUACUCAAACUAAUUGAAGCCGCUAAACAAUUGAAAUCUCUGAUCAGUUCACGCAAAACAUCUCCUGCACGCACACCAAAAAAACAAACAAAAAUGCAUUCAUUAUUGGACCCUGCACGUUUGCGUCCACCUGCAACAACACCUAAACUACCAUCAAAUACUGGUUUAACUGCAGGACAACAAUCGAAGGUGAAUUUGACGUUAGGCUUGCAAGGUCGUGAUAUGGAUACUGUGGAUAUAGCAAAUAAUCCAUUGCAUUUGCAACCACCAGCCGAGCGUGAUAUUAUAAUACGCAAUCGCAUUAAAACUCCUACACUGGACGAUGAGGAAGAGGAUGACAUUAAUAAUUUAGGGAGCGGCGAUGUUGAAGCUGUGCGCAUAGAGGAUGUGGAAGGUGAAGAUAAUGAAGUAAUGAGCAUUUCAUCGGUACAAUUUCAACCUAAUUCAAGUGUUGUUUGAUUAAUUGAGUAUGCGGCGCGCGCACGUUACAUGACAAGUGUGUUAAGGCGUCUGCUACCAAAAUGAAAAGAAAACUGCAAAUUCAAGUGCAUGAACGGAGAAACCAUACAAUAUGAGCGGUUUAAAAAUUCGUGUAUGAACCUAAUCAGCGGCACUUUAUGGUUUGAAUGCAACUGGGUGUUUUUCCCCAUAAUCGAUCCAAACCAAAGUUUUAAUUCGAAGUCUUAAUAAAUAAAAGGAUAAUAGACUAAUAUUUACAUUAAAUAUUAAUGAAUCUCAACCUUAAAUAAAGUAAUGUAUAAGGUAUAUUAUAUUUUUUCCCAAUAUAAGGUUUAAAAACUAGUAAGAUAUAUAUACGUCGCAAAUAGUUGUGAAAUGUAUUACACUACGUGUUAUAAUAAAUAUUUAUAAAAAAGAUAGUACCGAUAAAUGUU